AUGUACAUUCUUACAAUAACAUUUCUACUUGUGUUGAACACAGAUUACGCAACACUGCAGCACAAAAAGUGUUGUGAUGCUGAUAGUUACUUGCGAAAAAAUAAUUCCAUUUACGUUUGUGAUAAAGACGAUGAUAAGAGACUGCAAAUCUUCACCAACGAGACCAACUAUUUGAAAAAUGCCGAGGAGGGUACCUGCGUCGACACCUUUCCGAACAUCACUGAAUACAAAAUUAGCAACCACACGGUGGUGAAGGAGCAGCAAAUCCCCGUAAACCUUUACCCUAAGUGCUGUCCUCUUGGCUAUUUUUAUCACUCUGUAACUCAUUCCUGUGUUUGGAAAGAAAACAUCGAUGAGGACUUCAUCACGCAGAAUUUCGUCAAAGUAGGGUUGCCGCAGUGUAGGCUCAUAGUGGACUAUAAACUCACCACCGGGUACAGGAUGGAACUGGGGAAUUUGUACAUAGAAGGAGCCGGCACAUUCCGAGAAGGCAACUUUUGUAUUGACAAAGACGAGGGUAGUUCUCUGAUAGCCAGAGGGUGUCACGAAGACUUGUCAGUCUGCUAUGACGGCGUCAGAUGCAUCCACAAAUGCUGUCCAGAUGGGCAGAGCUUCGUCGGAGGGCAAAAAUGCGUCAAUACUUACGAACACGGUGUUGAUUUAUCUUUCACCGAUAGGGUUAACAAUUCACAAGCUCCCUUUGCCAUCAUUCAUCGGUACGACUGCAGAAUCUACAUUCUAAAAAAGACCAUCCAAUUUUAUCUGGAUACCGAUGGAACGUUCUAUGCAUUUAUUAACAAGAGCAACUCUUUUCAACGCUUUGGAAUCGAAGAUAAAUCUUACUGCAUUGAACACAUCCGAAGGAAGACUACGAACAACUUUGAGUUUUUGAUGUGCUUUCCAGAGGUCCCUGUCCAAGGAAAAUUCGUAGCUGCGCGAUGGGCGAAAAUAAUUUCCUCCAUAUUUAUUGUUUUCACCAUGGCUGUCUAUUUCUUCUUGCCAGAAAUGUUGAAUUUAUUUGGCAAAAUUCUGAUGAGUUACUGCGUAGCGAUGUUGGCGAUUUUUAUAUUUUUGAUUUACGCACAGUUUAAAACUACGGAUGUGUCGGACGCUGCGUGCCUUAGGGAUAGUUUUUUGUCUUCGUAUCUGUCGUUGACUUCUUUCUCGUGGCUGAAUGUCAUGUGUUUCGACAUUUGGUGGACUUUUGGAACACCCAAAUCGUUUGUAACAUCGACCCAAAAAAGAAGGGAACUGAAGCGAUUUCUCUUGUACUCCCUAUAUGGCUGGGGGUUACCCGCAUUUUUAACACUGUUAACAUACCUUAUUCACGAGGUGGUUGCAGUUCCCUAUUCAGUGCGUCCGAUUCUUGGAACUUAUAAGUGUUUUUGGGAAAGGAUAAGUGGUAACUAUGGAAUGAUAAUAUAUUACGUGACCCCGUUAGUACUUAUGGAAAUUGGAAAUUUGGUACUGUUCUUGCGGACGGUGUAUUAUUGUUUGAAGGUUAAGGGCGAAAUCAACAGAAUGAAUGACACCAGAAUGUCAGUUAAGGAAAGAAAGAAAACUUACAACGUCGACAAAGAACAGUUGCUUUUAAUUCUCAAACUGAGUGUCACUAUGGGACUCUCUUUUGCGUUUGAGGUGGUGUCAUCCAUGUUCAAUUUUCAAACUAACAGAGUGACGGAAUAUAUAGAAAUAAUUUGGGAUACAAUAAAUUGUUUCCAAGGGGUAUUUAUCUUUCUUAUAUUCAUUUUCAAAGUGAAAGUGUUCCGAUUAUGCCGGAACCGCCUUUGUACCACCAAGGACAGGAAAAUCUCAGUCUCUUCUUUACCAACGGGUACAACUCAAGUUUCCGAACCUCUCACUUCCAAGCCUAGAAUUAGAAAUUAAUGCUUGUUGUACAAGUGUUUGUAAAAUUUUGUACCUUAUGUGUAGUUGUAUAAUUUAUGUGACUUUCUACCACUGAGUUUUGCGUUUAUACUGCAGAAUUUAUAAAUGAUUGUCGUUGAUUUUGUCGCUUUACUGAAACAGGAACCUUGUUACAUGUCAUAACUAACAAUCAAUAAUACUAGGAAGGUGAGAAGACUGGAUAAUGUAAAUUUGUAAUGAUAAAGUAUGUGACAAUCAUUUAUAGACAAUCUUGUUGCAGAUUGUAGUAAUUUAUAUCUACUUAAACAUUGUAUUUAUAUUUGAGUGUAUGCAACCAACUAUACCCCAAAGUAUCGAAGCUUAUAAUUAGAUUCGUUUAUUCUUUUAAGGUUUUCUCAUUCCAGCAAUAUUUUUACAGCUCGAAACGACCUGAAAUGUUUCCGGCGACUACACUUUCGUUCCGAGUAAAAGUAGUAGUAGUAAAAAUAGUACAGGUUGUAAUAAACUUAUGCAUUUAGACAUGUGAAUGCAGGAUAUGUGUGACGUUAGACUGCUUGAAGCUUUGCAGUCUAAUAAGUCUAUUAUUUAUCACACAGUAAAAGAGUUGUUUUAA